AUGUCCGAAUACUUGACCUUCCGAAGCGAGCCUUCGGGCCGCCAUGAGGGCAAAAAACACAUUAUCAUUGUUGGCGCGGGCAUCAUAGGGAUCUGUACCGCCUACUAUCUUGUCAAGCACCCCAAGUUUGAUCCGGCAAAGUACCACAUCUCUAUAGUUGAGAGCAAGAGAGUGGCUGGUGGCGCUAGCGGAAAGGCCGGCGGGCUUUUGGCUCUUUGGGCGUUCCCACAGCAGUUGGUGCCUCUUUCGUUCCAGUUGCACCAGGAGCUUUCAGACUUGUACGACGGUGAAACGGAAUGGGACUAUAGAAGACUCACCACCGUUUCUCUAGAGGGUGACAUUAGCCAUGUGAGCGAGCAGGGCGAACACGACUCCGACGGCGACUCGACGCAUCUGCACGAAUCGGGCACCGGCCGCCCUGCUCCUCCCAAAAAGACCUCCACAGCGACUAAGACGCUAGAUACCAGAAAGCUCCCCCCCGACUUGAACUGGAUCACAGAGGAAAACAUCACCCUGUGUCUGUCAUUGGGAGGGAAAGACACAACGGCACAGGUGCAACCUUACCGGUUCACGAAUUUCAUUUUGAAAAAGGCCGUGGAGGAGGCUGGUGAUGCCAUUGAGUUGAUUUUGGGCAAAGUCAGCCGCAUUUUGUACCUGAUGGACACUGGUGUAGCCACAGGUAUCACAUACGAGCCCACCAGUGUCAAAACUACCCAGGCACAGACAGAGAAGCGCAACGUUACAUUAAAGGGCGACCAGAUUGUGCUUGCCGUUGGGCCUUGGACCUCCAAGAUUCUUCCCGAUUGCCCAAUUCUGGGCUUGCGUGCUCAUUCCAUCACCAUUGCUCCACACAAUGACCAAAAUGUGUCGCCGUAUGCCAUUUUCACCGAAUUCAAGACCGGGCCUUACUCAUAUACAUCCCCCGAGAUUUACGCAAGAAAGGACGAGGUUUUCGUCUGUGGCGAAGGCGAUCUGGCGGUCGACGUGCCAGAGACAACUGACGAUGUUGAGGUUGUGAAGUCCAAGUGUGAUGAGCUUUUCCGGCAAGUGGGCCGCAUGUCGCCUUUGUUACGCAAGGGCCGUAUCUUGAAGCGCCAGGCGUGCUACUUGCCUGUUUUGGAUGUUCCAUCUUCAAGUGGACCUUUGAUAGGUGAGACAAACGUGGAGAACUUAUUUUUGUGCUCAGGUCAUUCGUGCUGGGGGAUCAACAAUGCUCCAGGAAGUGGAAAGGUCAUGAGCGAGUUGUUAUUGGAUGGUAAAGCGAAAUCAGCCAAUAUUUCUGCCCUUGACCCGUCUCUUUAUUUUGAUGCUUCGAUGUUAGUGAGCGAUGAUGAGGACGAUUACUACAGCGAUACUGAAGGGCCUUUGGGUGAGGCGUAG